AUGUUAAAAAGAGAUGACAACAAUGAUUCCAAAACAAUCGCCAUCAAAAUCACAUGGCGACCUCAGUUUUGGAAUGUAACCUUACGUCAACCUGGAGCUCCUGGUGCAGUCGUGACUUUACAUGGAAGAUUUGAAAUUUUAUCACUUUCUGGGUCAUUUUUACCUCCUCCAGCACCACCGGCUGCAUCAGGGUUGACCAUAUAUUUAGCCGGUGGUCAAGGUCAGGUAGUUGGAGGAAGCGUGGUGGGUCCACUUGUUGCUUCAGGUCCGGUGGUGAUCAUGGCAGCUUCUUUUGGUAAUGCGGCGUACGAAAGGCUUCCCUUGGAGGAAGAGGAGCAGCCGGUGGCGCCGAUUCCUGGAAGUGGACCCUUAGGGUCACCGAGUAGCAUGGUCGGGCAGCAGCAGCAGCCGCCACAGCAGCAGCAACUAUUGCAAGAUCCCAACGGAUCGUUUGUUCAAGGGUUGCCACCAAAUCUUCUAAACUCAGUCCAAUUGCCAGCUGAGGCCUACUGGGGCACAGGUCGUCCCCCUUAUUAACAAAAACAGACAGUUUCGGGUUCUUUUUUCUUUUUUUUCUUUCUCCUUAACUAUUCCCCUUUCACCUCUUGUUAGUUUGACCUUUGGUUCACCUCUCAUUCUUCUUCUUUUAUAAGAUAGCAGUUUCAUGUUUUAAUUAAGUCUUAAAUUUGUUGAUCAUGGGAUUCAUCUGGCUUUGAUUUGAAGAAGGAUGUACAAAUUUCAUGGAUUUCUCUCUGAUGGGUUUUCUCUUUUCCUAGUAUUUUUAUAAGA